CGAUAAUAUCAUAUUCAAUGUAGUUGCAUUUUAUAAUAUAUAUUUCUAGUAUAAAAAAAUAUUAAUAAUUAUUAUAAUUAUAAUUAUUAUAAGAAUUAUAAAUUGAAAAUGUCGGAGGCUGGUUUUUAAUUGACAGCCAAAAGUAGUUAAAGAGUUGCAACACUGGCACAAAAUUUUUACUGCCAUUUAUAAUUUCGGUGUGUUUCUUUUAACUUCUAGAAUACUCCCAAGUUCAUAUUCGCAGAAUACAAAAGGCUUUGAAAUUAAAAGCAGCACGUUUUUCAAGUGAAAUACUAAAUUGCAUAAAACGAAUAUAUUAAUAUAUAUAUUUUUGUGCUGUUAUUGAGUUGCGAAGGAUAUAAAGUAGAAAUUAGUAAUAUCUGAAAUGGAAAAGGUGAAUGAACUUAAAGAAAAAGGAAAUCGUGCACUUAAUGCAGACAAUUUUGACGAAGCUAUUGCAGCGUACUCUGAAGCCAUUAAUUUAGAUAAUAAAAAUCAUGUUUUGUACAGCAACAGAUCUGCUGCAUAUGCGAAGGCUUGUAAAUAUGAUAAAGCUUUAGAGGAUGCUGAAAAAACAAUAGCCUUGAACCCAACAUGGCCUAAAGGUUACUCACGUAAAGGAGCAGCAGCCGCAGGUCUCAAAAACUAUCGAGCAGCUAUGGAAGCAUAUGAGGAAGGUUUAAAACAUGACCCUCAAAACGCCGUAUUGCAACAAGGUAUUCAAGAAGUCACUGCCACUGUACUACAGGCGAUGUCCGGGCGUUUUCCAACACCCAUGGACGUAGACCCACAGUCACCGCCACCCAAAGCUCCUGAGCCUAAGCAAGCUGAACCUCCCAAACCUGCAGAGCCGAAUGUUGAUGACAUGAAUGAAGAAGAACGCAAAAAGUAUUUUGCAAGAAAAGAGAAGGAGGCUGGUAAUGCUGCUUACAAAAAGAAAGAUUUUGAAACAGCACUGAAACAUUACCAAGCCGCUUUGGAGCAAGAUCCUACAGAUAUAACCUUUUACAAUAACAUAGCCGCCGUUUAUUUUGAACGCAAACAAUACGACGAGUGCAUAAAAGAAUGCGAAAAGGGUAUUGAAAUUGGUCGAGAAAAUCGUGCGGAUUUCAAAUUAAUUGCUAAAGCGCUGGCGCGUAUUGGUAAUUCGUACCGUAAAAUGCAGGAUUACAAGCAGGCGAAAGUGUAUUUCGAAAAGGCCAUGUCUGAACAUCGUACCCCUGAAAUUAAGACAUCGCUCAGUGAAGUGGAAGCUAAAAUUAAAGAGGAAGAAAGGCGCGCUUAUAUUAAUCCUGAACUAGCUGAGGUUGAAAAAGAAAAGGGCAAUGAAUUCUUCAAAAAGGGUGACUAUAGUAAUGCUGUAAAACAUUACUCGGAAGCAAUCAAACGUAAUCCCGACGAUCCGAAACUAUACAGCAAUCGUGCCGCUUGUUACACGAAGUUGGCUGCUUUUGAUUUGGGACUGAAGGAUUGUGAAACUUGCAUAAAGCUGGAUGACAAGUUUAUCAAAGGUUACAUUCGAAAGGGCAAAAUUUUACAGGGUAUGCAAAAAUCGUCAAAAGCUUCGGCAGCUUACCUCAAAGCCUUAGAAAUUGAUCCUCAAAACGCUGAAGCACUCGAGGGUUACCGCCAGUGUUCGAUUUCAUAUCAACGAAGUCCUGAGGAUGUGAUGAAGAACGCUUUGGGAGACCCAGAGGUACAACAAAUUCUAAAGGAUCCCGCAAUGCGCGUAAUUUUGGAUCAAAUGCAAACUGACCCGAAAGCGGCUAAAGAACAUCUCCAAAACCCGGCGAUAGCCGAUAAAAUAAUGAAGCUGAUUGAAGCGGGAAUCGUUCAAAUUCAUUAAACAAUAAGUUCCACAACAGAAUUACGAAAAAGCGAAAUAAAAACUGAAAUCUAACUGACAGAAGUUAACGUAUGUACGCGUAGAAUUGAAAGCGUUUAAAGAGUUGCACCAAUAAAAAACGACACAUUUCCACGUCCUCCUCAAUAUUAAAACAUAAUACACGUAUAUAUAUAUAUAAUUAAAUAUACAAGAGAUAAUGUUUCUCUUAUGCUUUUUUCAUAAUUUGAAAUAAUCUUCCUCAUAUUACAAAAGUCUAUGCAAAUCAGUUUUAGAUCUAUUUUUUAUAUGGCGUGUGUGGAUUUUUGAGUUUUCUUACUUUAUAAAAUAAUAUAAUCGUUUAGUUUUUAAUUAAGUAAUUGAGCAAAAAUGUAAUUUCUUAAAUUGAAAUAAAGAGAUGUAUACUUGCGCUUUUGUGGGUGCUAAA